AUGGCCUCGGAAGAGGUCAAGUUUGUUGCCCCCCUUUCACAAGGGUUCGGCUAUGGUAUCAUCAUAGGGCUAGGGUUUGCCUUUGCCCUGGUGAUGAUCUUUAUUACAUGGGCUUUGAAGAGGUAUCAACAUGAAGUUCAAACGUCCGAGAUGUUCUCGACCGCUGGAAGGUCCGUGAAGUCUGGUCUGGUUGCGGCAGCAGUCGUCAGCAGCUGGACAUGGGCUGCGACUCUUCUUCAAUCGUCCGCUGUCGCCUAUCAAUAUGGCAUUUCCGGUCCUUUUUUCUACGCUUCGGGCGCCUGUGUCCAGAUCAUCCUAUUUGCAACCCUCGCGAUCGAACUCAGAAGACGGGCCCCCAAUGCGCACACCUUCCUGGAAGCCAUUCGCGCUCGCUACGGCACGGCCGUGCAUCUCGUCUUUAUCGUCUUCUGCCUGAUGACCAACAUUCUGGUCACCGCCAUGUUGCUCACCGGUGGUUCGGCCGUCAUGACUUCUCUGACUGGGGUUCACACAGCUGCUGCCUGUUUCCUGCUCCCCAUCGGUGUCGUUCUCUAUACUCUGUUCGGAGGUAUCAAGGCAACGUUCAUUACGGAUUACAUGCACACGGUGGUCAUCAUCGUUGUCAUCUUUAUCUUUGCGUUUUCUGCCUACGCUACGAAUGAGAAUCUCGGGUCUCCGGGGAAGGUGUAUGAUGCGCUGGUUGCGGCGUCGGAACUUCAUCCUGUCGAGGGGAAUGCUCAAGGCAGUUAUUUGACUAUGAAUUCGAAAGAGGGAGGAAUCUUUUGGGUGAUUAACCUUGUUGGUAUCACCGUCUUCCUGGACAAUGGAUACUAUAACAAAGCCAUCGCUGCACACCCCGUACAUGCAUUCCCCGGAUACGUUAUCGGCGGUCUCUGCUGGUUUGCCAUCCCCUGGCUCUGCGCCAGCACCAUGGGUAUCUCCGCCCUCGCCCUGGAAGGGUCUCAGCGCAUGAGCUCAGACGAUGUCACCGCCGGGCUCGUACUACCGUUCGCUGCCGUCGAGCUGCUCGGCUACAGCGGAGCCGUAUGCACCACGCUCAUGAUCUUCAUGGCCGUCACGUCCGCCUUCUCCGCCCAGCUGAUCGCCGUCUCGUCGAUCCUCACCUACGACAUCUACCAAGCCUACAUCAACCCCUCGGCCAAGGGCAAGCGACUAGUCUGGAUCUCCCACAUGUCCUGUAUCUUGUUCGCCAUUGUCAUGGCCGCGUUCGCCACGGGACUCUUCUACGCCGGCAUCGGCAUGGGCUACCUCUACCUGCUCAUGGGCGUCAUCAUCUCCUCCGCCGUAUUCCCCGGCGCCAUGACUCUCGUCUGGAAGGGUCAGAACUGGAUCGCGGCCGCUUGCUCGCCUAUUCUAGGUCUCGCCAUGUCCCUCAUCGCGUGGCUCGUCACCACCAAGAAAGAAUACGGUGUCUUCACCGUGGCAACCACUGGAGCAAACUACCCCAUGCUCGCCGGCAACGUCGCCGCCCUCCUCAGCCCCGUCAUCUUCUCCCCAGUCCUCACCUACCUCUUCGGUCCCCAAAACUACGACUACGAGUCGAUGCGCGCCAUCCGCAAAGUCGACGACACGGACGUCGCGGCAGCCGCAAACAUCGACAUCGAGCUCAUCCCGGGCGAGUCCCCCUCCCCACAAACCACCUCCCCAACCACCACCACCACCGAAGCCGAAGAAGACGAACAACGCAAACUCAACCGCGCAGCCCUCUACUCCCGCACCCUCACCAUCGCCAUGGUCAUCUGCUUCCUCCUCCUCUGGCCGAUCCCGAUGUACGCGUCCGGGUACGUGUUCAGCAAACGGUUCUUCACGGGAUGGGUCGUUGUGGGGAUAUUGUGGUUGUUUGUGACGACGUUCGGGGUGGUCGUGUUUCCGCUGUAUGAGGGACGAGGAAGUAUUGUGCGGACGGCACGAUCGAUGGUGUUGGACGCUAUGGGGAAGAGGCCCAAGGGGGUGGUGAAGGUUUUGGAGGCGAAGGGGAAGCCAGGAGGAGGGGAGAUGUCGAGUGGGGUGGUGACGCCGACGACGGAGAAGGUUCGUGGGAAGGAAGAGGGGGUUUAA